AUGGACUCGACGGACAGCGAUGGAAGUUUUUCCCCUGAAUACUCCUCAGGCGCUAGGAAAGACCUUCAAGCAAAACUACGUCUCGCCAGGGAACUUCGCCUAGAAGUCGUCCUCUCGGAUGCACCACAGCAAAUUCCCACUGGCCCUGUACAAAGGUUUCUAGGACAGUUCGCACUUGAUCUUGCUUUUGAUGGUGAUGCGGAUCUCAAUACCAUACAGCCGUUCUCAACUGCUGGCCUCGCUGGAGCAUUUAUCAUACCUGUCGAGAAUGCGCAAUCAUUCAUCUCAGGCAGGACUGCUUCCACCGUGAUUCUUACAUUGGCGAAAUGGAUGAGGGAAGAUAAUCAACGGAGCAAGGUCUUAAGCUUUAAUGUACUGGAAGCGGGAGGAGCGAAGUUGGUCUCUGGGGGGCUCUAUACAGAAUUGAUAACUGUACAGCGCCAGGAAGACCUCAUACUGACGAUCGAUCUCGCAGAACAACCGAUCGAAGGUAGAGUCCAGACCUUGAUCGGUACAUUUGCCAAAUGCCUCGUGCGUCUUGGUGAUCUCAGGGAAUCUGAGUUCGUUACUCUACCCGAGGUGGCUAGAAUCGAGAUAGGCCCUCCUGAGGGUGCAAUACAUUAUCUAUCAGGUCCUGCUGCUGCAGAUAUCGUUCUGACGGUAGGGGAUUGGAUCGAAGCGGGCGUUGCGAGGAGCAAGGAGCUCAAAUUCAAUGUCUUGCAUAAGCAGACAGGAUGGAUUGUUGCGGGGGAGUUAUCCAAGCCGGAUGGUUCCGUUUCCACGUCUAGUUCAAAUUCGACCAACACAGAUAUCAUCGCUACAAGGUCAGUUAAGACCGUCAACUCUUCCUCACUUGACCAGGAAUAUCCUGAAAUCAUCCCUGUCGAUCGACAACCAGACCUUACAAUGACGGUCGAAACCUCAGGUAGAGCGACUCUUGAUAGGAAAGUGCAGCAGUUGCUUGGUAGGUUUGCUUUGGCCCUCCAACGGCAUGGUGGUGAGCUUACAGAUUGGGAACCCGAUACCCUGCCGGGGAUUGCCACGGUUUUCGUUUCCCCAAACGACCGACCAAAGCAUUGGAUCUCAGAAUGGGCUGCUGCGGACGCCAUGCUGACGCUAAGUAAUUGGAUAGAUUUAGAUGCAGAUGAGAGAUAUAAAAGACUGGUCUUCAAUAUCUUUCAUAACCAGUUUGGGUGGAUCGCCAAGGGCGGCUUAUAUCCCGACAAUAAUGGUAACAAUGGGACAAAUACCACUUUGUCGACCAGUAUACUUGUAUCGCGCCAACCUAUCCAAGACAGAGACACGAAUGACAUAACCACGAUAAGCACGAACAAGACUAACAACAGCGACAUGUUCAGUCCAGACAACCAUUUCGUCAUACCUAUACAGCACCGGCCAGAGCUCCACAUGGUUAUCGAUCUCGGAAAUGACACAAUCGAUUGUAUUGAACUCCAACCACUCUUUCCUGCAUUUGCUCAUGAUCUCGAGGAUGAAGGUGGUCCCCUUAGAGAACGAGAGUCCAGGACGCAGCCAGGCAUUUCGACCAUUUCCUUGCUACCGGAAGGAGAGGUCAAGGACAUAAUUUCAAAGUCUACUGCAGCGAACGCUAUUCGUUCUUUGGGUGAUUGGAUACAUGAGGACGAUGCAAGGUGUAAAGACCUCGUCUUCAAAAUCAAACUCGGGUGGAAGCGGCUUGUUACAGGUGCACUGAAGCGAUUCCCUCCGGAUGGAAACACCGCAAACACAUCCGUGAGCGUACUAGUCUCGCGCCAGCAAGACACAAUUGACACAACAACAACGAAGACAACUACGUCCAUCGUAGGUACGAACGACACAACCCCAAUCGUUGCGUCCAUGACAGGGAUUCCCGUCCAACGCCAGGACUCGCUCUCCCUAACAGUCGGCUUCAAAGUACCUGCUCGCCAAUUUCCACCCUACACCAUCCAAAGGGCUCUGGGCAGCCUCGCCUUGCGAAUGCAGAGGAAAGGCGGUGAUCUCGACACUCUCGUCUCCGUUAAUAGCCCGUCAAUCGCCAUCAAAAUCGGGCCUCCAACACCCCCAGAUGGCUAUAUCUCGAUGGAAGCUGCCGCUGACGUGCUCCUGACGUUGGGAGAUUGGAUUGACGUGAAGGAGGCCAGGGAAAGGAGUAUGCUAUUUGAUGUUCACCAAGAGGGGAUAGGGUGGGUUUGCACUGGCAGCCUGCGUUCGAGAAGAAGCAACACGGUCACGAAUGAUACGGGGAUCGUAGCGCAGGAUGUUGUACCUAUCUCUCGAGACGUGCAUGUCACACCCAUGUCGGAUAGGAUCGACGGCGCCUCACCAGAUACGCAGCCGACAGAACUCUCAUGA